AUGAGUCAGUACAAUCAACCUCCCGUCGGUGUUCCUCCUCCUCAAGGUUAUCCACCGGAGGGAUACCCAAAGGAUGCUUAUCCACAGCAGGGAUAUCCUCCUCAGGGAUAUCCGCCGCAGCAAGGCUACCCACCGCAGGGCUAUCCUCAGCAAGGAUAUCCUCAACAAGGCUAUCCUCAGCAAGGAUAUCCUCCUCCGUACGCGCCGCAAUACCCUCCGCCACAGCAGCAUAAUCAGCCACAAAAGAGCAGUCCUGGUUUUCUAGAAGGAUGUCUUGCUGCUCUAUGCUGUUGCUGUCUCCUGGAUGCUUGCUUUUGA